AUGGUGAACUACAUGCUUAUGAUCAGUGCCGAACUUGAAAACUUGACCAAUCUUGAACCUCAAGGUGGCUGCGAUGAUCCCAAUUUCUCCUAUUUCUUCAAGUUGAAAUGUGGAAGAUGUGGUGAAUUGAGCCAAAAGGAAACUUGUGUGUCUCUGAACGACACCGUUCCUCUUCCAGCUGGUAGAGGCACUACUCAUCUUGUUCAAAAGUGCAAAUUUUGUGGCAGGGAGAGCACUGUAACUAUGAUCCCUGGCAGAGGAAAACCACUCACCCAGGAAACAAGUGAAUCAGGGAAGUUUUCCCCACUGAUGUUAUUUGACUGCAGGGGCUAUGAGCCGAUAGAAUUUGUAUUCGGCACCGGAUGGAAAGUUGAGUCGUUGGAGGGAACAAAGUUUGAGAAUGUUGACUUGUCCAGUGGAGAUUAUUCUGAAUAUGAUGAAAAGGGUGAGUGUCCAGUCAUGAUAUCCAAUCUUAAAGCUACUUUUGAUGUGGUGAAGUAA